AUGAAGAAAGACAAGAACAAGAAAAAUCGCCAGCGCGCCAGAGUCAAAACUCUCACGUGCGCCCGAACCCGCCGCGUCUCCGCAUUUUCCGAGCCGCCGCCCGCAGGUCGCCUCCCACCGCUCAUCAAGACAGCCAUGCCGACCCGUUUCUCCAACACCCGCAAGCACCGCGGCCACGUCUCCGCCGGUCACGGUCGUGUCGGCAAGCACCGCAAGCAUCCCGGAGGUCGCGGUCUCGCUGGUGGUCAGCAUCACCACCGUACCAACUUCGAUAAGUACCAUCCUGGUUACUUCGGUAAGGUUGGUAUGCGCCACUUCCACUUGACCAACAACUCGUACUGGCGCCCGAUCAUCAACGUCGACAAGCUCUGGACGCUUGUCCCGGAGUCCCAGAAGGAGGGUCUCACCGCCGACUCGGACGUUGUCCCCGUCAUUAACGUUCUCGAGCACGGUUACUCGAAGGUGCUCGGCAACGGCAUCCUCCCCCAAUUGCCAUUCAUCGUAAAAGCGCGCUUCGUCUCCGCACGCGCAGAGAAGAAGAUCAAGGAGGCGGGUGGCGUCGUCAAGCUCAUCGCUUGA